GCAAAUCCUCGCACUAUGUCGCAACGAAGAUCUUAUGGUCAAGCCUCCCAUCUAUGUUCCCACUCCUACGCCUAUUAUCAUCAUUCGUGCUGGUCACUCAAGAUCCAACUGACGCCGGUAUGCCUGCGAAACCCGCUACAUAUAUACUCUCCGGGCCCGUCCCUACAGACGAAUGGGCACGAUUCUGCCACUAUUCUGCCUUCGUCUCCAGACUGAGGUGGUCCAACGCAAAAAACCCACCGGAGAUCGCUCCACCUACUUGGAUCUACUUGGAACGGCUCAGCCGUGGCAGGCCGCUACUCCCGUCUCUCCGGCAUCUGCGGUGGACCUUGGCAUCCGCCUGGAGUACAGAGCUCCUUCUUCUUGCGACGCCUGCUCUAGAACAUCUCACCAUCGACUACAACUACAAAGCCGUGACGGAUGUCUCCGAGUGGGAGGAUGCUGUGAAUGCUCUCUUCCGCCAUGUUUUCGCAGUCUCAACCAGGAUAACGCACCUCAUCCUGCAUACUGGCAAUCUGGACUUUCUUCGCCAUGUGCCGCUCUUGACUACUCUUGGACAACUCCGGCAGCUCAAACUUCAGCAAUUUUACGGUAUGGCAGACGGCCAUGGCGCAACCGAACUCCAUAUUCUUUCUCGCCUCCCAGAGCUCGACUUUCUGUCGAUCGCUGUCGACAUGUAUGCUGACCCGCUUCCCGCCUUUCAUGGUUUCAAGCGGCUCAGGAAGCUUAUUGUCACCGACACCGGUGGAGUACAGAAACUCUUUGCGACAUGCAACCCCUCCUCUCUCCGCGAUUUAGACCUCACCCACGGGGGUGGCGGCUGCACCGUUGACGAGUGGAUCGCAACUUCCGAGGCCGUUGCCGCAAACCUGCCGAGACUAGCCAAAUUCGAUUGGAGGAUAUCCCCAGACGACGCCGAUGAGCUUUCCACGUCUGCGGACACGCUAUCUCGGAUGCUAAAGCCGCUGGCGUCUUUGCGGCUCCUGCAUCAUGUCACCAUCACCAUCGAUGUAGCCUGCGCUGAUCACGGAGUGCCAGACACACUGCUCCGCAUGCUCGCCGAAGCGUGGCCCCGUCUGCGAACGUUCAGCCUGUUGUGGAUGGCCGACGAAGUCGAGAACAACCACGCCUACCCUCCUAUAGUCACGCCGAGCACCAACGCACUUGCCGCGCUCGCUACUUGCUGCCCCAAACUCGAUCGCCUUUCCCUGACGUCUCUUUUCGUGCCCGAGGCCUCAUUGGAGGACGUGAUCGCGUACCCGCUGUCCAGCCAUCCGCUGCGUUUGCUCUCAGCGAAGCGCUUUCGUUCCACAAAUACGCAGAUGGCGGCGCUGGUCCUGGACCGUUUGUUCCCCAGAAUCGACAUCGAAGGAUCCCGCGAAAAAGAGGACGCCGGCGGCCCUAGCAUCGCCGAGCACCCCAGCCAUUGGGCUGAGGUCAUGGGCACCUUAAAACUGUGCCGUUUAGCUCGAAUAACGCGCCCCGACACGGUGGGCUUGUGAGAGUGUGGAGGAUCGAUCUGGCCGUUUGACCGCUAUUAAUCCCAGUGUAUUACCCCCGUAUUUGCUUUCACCUAUGCCGAGGAGCGAACCACUAUCACCUUACUGUGAUCUUGAGACUCGUGCGACGUGUAAUUCACAUCCCUUACUUGUAUAUUCGUAUAGUCAUGCUGAGUCGUGACGUUCCCUUAGAUAGCGUGUGCUUUUUCAUAAAACGACUUUGGUCAGCCCCUCAC